GUAAACGUGGUAGGGGUUGAAGGGCAGUGUCCUGUUGAAAUCUGAAAUGGGCUCGCUAUGUUAGCAUACCUUAGCGAUCGCGCAAUCGUCACUGGCGGCCCUCAUUUUGUAGCAACAGACAUGCAUAAAAACCAUAAGAAUAUAGAUGGCAGCGUUGUCAUCGUUAAUGCUUACGUGACAUGGCAGCUACGUUGUGCAGCAAUGAGUUGCAAAGGGAUACGAAUCGAUGUACAUGAUCAGAUCGAAUUGUGUUUGGACACGGCAGUUCACGUUAUAUUUCACUUGAUAACAUUGUUGAGAAGUUGAUUUCAAGUACAGUUUUCGGUAUAAAUGUGAUCAAUGUGAUAUUGGUUUCAAAAUGGACAAGGAGGAAGGCGAUAGAAGGGUUUUCUUUACGAAUGAGGAAUGGGAUAGGUUAGCACUGUAUCUAAUAGGAAACAAUACACGAUACAGAGAAAAUGUAGUAAUACCUAGAAUAAUUGGUCCUGUUAAAAUAAAGACAAGGGAAGAAAAAAUGGUUGAAGCUGCAUUUGAAAGCUGUGCCUUUAAAACACUCAUGAGCUGUGUUGCAGGUUAUGGUUUGGGAGCUGCCAUUGGUCUGUUUUCAGCCAGUGUCAACCCAACUGUCCCAAUUGGAGAUGCAAAGCAACCAUCAGCAAGGGAAGUUCUAAGAGAGAUGAAGGGAAGUAUGAUUAGCUAUGCAAAGAAUUUUGCAAUGAUUGGUGCUGUAUUCUCAGCAGUGGAGUGCUCUAUUGAAUCGUAUCGAGGGAAGUCAGAUUGGCGUAAUGGAACCUAUGCCGGGGGUAUUACUGGAGGUAUUAUAGGAUUAAGAGCUGGUAUCAAGGCUGGGAUAUUUGGAGCUGCAGGGUUUGCAGCAUUCUCAACUCUUAUAGACUAUUACAUGCAUUUAUAAUGUUAUCGUCAUAUUGAAUUGAACAGUAGCAAAUAAUGCACAUAAUGUUUGUUGUACAGUGUGUCAAAGUUUUAAUGACUAAAAUUUUUGAUGUGAUUAACAUCAAAAUCAUGAAGUGCAGGUGGCCACAUUUAAAAGCAUUUAGGAUGUGUAAAGUACUAUGGUGAAGAAAUUUUGUGAAGGUACUGUUACUAUCUUCCACAUAUUGGACCCUGUUUCAUUUAUUAUAUGUAUGUAAUCAGGAGAUCUGAGAGUCCCAAAAAAUAUAGAGUGAUUACCAGUAUAAAAUUAACUCUCAAUAAAUGGAAACUAUUUCACUAGUAAACUCCAAUUAAACAUAAAUUUAAGAAAAAUA